CGGACGUUUGCUGCGAGUGUUUGUCAAUUGAGCAGGCGAGGGAGAGAGAGAUAGAGAGAAAGCGACUGAAAAACAGUGCAGAUCCUCCGUGUUCGUUUAGGAAGGCAAUCAACAAAAGCUUAUCUGUCUCGCGAUAAUGCCGAACAUUAGACCACUGUCUGCCGCGUUGGCAAAGAAGGCCGCGGACGAGCUGUUCGAAAAACCGGAACGGCUCGAUGAGGACCUGGAAGCGAUGCGGACCUGGCUGGCCAAGAGCCCCCACAUCCGCUCUCGUACUGAUGAUCAAUUUCUGAUGAUGUUCCUGCGCGGCUGCAAGCACAGCCUCGAGCGCGCGAAGGAAAAGCUCGAUUUGUACUACGCAAUUCGUACGGCGUUGCCUGAGCUGAUGUACAACCGCGAUCCUGAGGAGACUAAAAUCAAGGAGCUCAUUCGGUUGGGUACGGCUGUGCCGCUUCCGAACACGGUCACACCGGACGGUCCGCGCAUUAUUCUCGUGCGCCCGGGAACAUACGAUCCGAGCAAGUACACCAUUCAGGAGGUGUUCCGGUAUAACACCAUGAUGGCAGAUUUAAUGAUGCGGGACGAUGACAACCUGAUCAUUGCCGGGCAGAUGGGUAUUCUGGAUCUCUCUAACUGCACCAUGGCUCACUUCCUUCAGUUCAGCCCGUCGUUUGUGAAGAAAGCCACCAUGUGGAGUCAGGAGGGUUCGCCUCUGCGCCAAAAGGGUUUCCACUACGUCAACACUCCGAGCGGGUUUGAGUUGGUGUAUAACAUGUUCAAGAGCUUCCUGAACGAGAAGAACCGCUCGAGGCUGUUUGUCCACGGAAGCAACCUGGAAUCGUUGUACGAACACAUACCGAAAAGCAUGCUGCCGUCGGAGUACGGUGGAGAUGCUGGACCAAUUCAGGACAUCGUUGACAGCUGGGCCGAGAAGUUGCUUGGCUCGAAGGAUUUCUUCAAAGAGGAGGACAAGUACGGCACGGACGAGAAGAAGCGACCGGGACGCCCGAAAAAUGCGGACAGCUUGUUUGGGUUGGAGGGUUCGUUCCGUAAGCUGGAAGUAGACUGAGGUUCUUAGCAGCGAUACUCUCUCUUUCGUAAGAGAAAAGGGCUAUAGGGAGAAACCUAGAGGGAUACAUAAAAAAGCCGAAUGAAUAUAUUGAAAUAAAGCUGUACUC